GUCCGAUCUGUGGCCGUUCUGUGUCGUUCGCUGUGCUCCCCCUCACCCCCCCAGGCGCUCGGGCGUUUGCCGGUCACACAGCAGCCCUUUGGGUUCCGGGCGGCCGCGAAGGCGAUCAGCUCGGAGGAGGUGAAUGAGCGUCUCUCGAACGUGCCACCGUCAGGGAAACUGUCCUCUUCUGCAAAAUGUACAGAACCAAAGUGGGCCUGAAGGACCGGCAGCAGCUCUACAAGCUGAUCAUUAGUCAGCUGCUCUACGACGGCUACAUCAGCAUCGCCAACGGCCUCAUCAAUGAGAUCAAGCCCCAGUCAGUGUGCGCGCCCUCGGAGCAGCUCCUGCACCUCAUCAAACUAGGGAUGGAAAAUGAUGACACUGCAGUUCAGUAUGCAAUUGGUCGCUCAGAUACAGUUGCCCCUGGCACGGGGAUUGACCUGGAGUUUGAUGCAGAUGUCCAGACAAUGUCGCCCGAGGCUUCCGAGUAUGAAACCUGCUAUGUCACUUCCCACAAAGGCCCAUGCCGCGUGGCCACCUAUAGCAGAGAUGGGCAGUUAAUAGCCACAGGGUCUGCCGAUGCUUCCAUAAAGAUACUGGACACGGAAAGAAUGUUGGCCAAAAGUGCCAUGCCCAUUGAGGUCAUGAUGAACGAGACUGCACAGCAGAACAUGGAGAACCACCCAGUGAUUCGAACUCUGUACGACCACGUGGAUGAAGUCACGUGUCUUGCUUUUCACCCUACGGAACAGAUCCUGGCCUCGGGCUCAAGGGAUUAUACUCUAAAAUUGUUUGAUUAUUCCAAACCAUCUGCAAAAAGAGCCUUCAAAUACAUUCAGGAAGCUGAGAUGCUGCGCUCCAUCUCUUUCCACCCUUCGGGAGACUUUAUCCUGGUUGGGACUCAGCACCCUACCCUCCGCCUUUACGAUAUCAACACCUUCCAGUGCUUCGUCUCGUGCAACCCCCAAGACCAGCACACGGAUGCCAUCUGCUCCGUCAGCUACAACCCGAGCGCCAACAUGUACGUCACUGGCAGCAAGGAUGGCUGCAUCAAGCUAUGGGACGGCGUGUCCAACCGCUGCAUCACAACCUUCGAGAAAGCUCACGAUGGCGCGGAAGUCUGCUCUGCCAUUUUCUCCAAGAACUCCAAGUACAUCCUCUCUAGUGGAAAGGACUCUGUAGCUAAGCUCUGGGAAAUAUCCACAGGGCGGACGCUGGUGAGGUACACAGGAGCGGGUCUGAGUGGACGGCAGGUGCACCGGACCCAGGCUGUGUUUAACCACACUGAGGACUAUAUUCUGCUGCCAGAUGAAAGGACCAUCAGCCUCUGCUGCUGGGACUCUAGGACAGCUGAGCGCAGAAACCUGCUGUCCCUGGGCCACAACAACAUCGUGCGCUGCAUUGUGCACUCGCCCACCAACCCCGGCUUCAUGACGUGCAGUGACGACUUCCGGGCUCGGUUCUGGUACCGGAGGUCCACCACUGACUGAGCUGGCCCACUCCGAGGGUUCUUGUCUCAGGACUCUGCCCUCCUCCCUGUGUCCUGCCGCCAGCUGCACUAGCGAGCAGUCUACCAUCUGUUGUGUGCAGCCAUCUGGCUCCUGCCUUGGAUUUGGACGUGGAAGCUCUUUUUUACCUUGAUGUAGAACCAUGGUGUGAAAAAUUGGAAGCUGUGCACGCUGUUCUGUUGCAGUGACGUCUCCUGUGCACACUGUCCUAUUGCAGUGACCUCUCCUGUGCACGCUGUCCUGUUGCAGUGGCGUCACCUGUGCACACUGUCCUGCUGCAGUGACCUCUCCUGUACACGCUGUCCUGAUGCAGUGACAUCACCUGUGCACGCUGCCCCGCUGCAGUGACCUCUCCUGUGCACGCUGUCCUGCAGUGACGUCACCUGUGCACGCUGUCCUGUUGCAGUGACGUCACCUGUGCACACUAUCCUGAUGCGGUGACGUCACCUUGCACACUGUCCUGCUGCAGUGACGUCACCUGUGCACGCUGUCCUGCUGCAGUGAUGUCAUCUGUGCACGCUGUCCUGCAGUGACGUCACCUGUGCACGCUGUCCUGUUGCAGUGAUGUCACCUGUGCACGCUGUCCUGAUGCAGUGACGUCACCUGUGCACGCUGUCCUGAUGCAGUGACGUCACCUGUGCACACUGUCCUGAUGCAGUGACGUCACCUGUGCACACUAUCCUGAUGCAGUGAUCUUACCUGUGCACACUGUCCUGUUGCAGUGACCUCUCCUGUGCACGCUGUCCUAUUGCAGUGAUGUCACCUGUGCACGCUGUCCUGUUGCAGUGACGUCAUCUGUGCACGCUGUCCUGUUGCAGUGACCUCUCCUGUGCACGCUGUCCUGUUGCAGUGAUGUCACCUGUGCACGCUGUCCUGUUGCAGUGACGUCAUCUGUGCAUGCUGUCCUGUUGCAGUGACGUCAUCUGUGCACGCUGUCCUGUUGCAGUGACAUAUCCUGUGCACGCUGUCCUGUUGCAGUGACGUCACCUGUGCACGCUGUUCUGCUGCGGUGACCUCAGUGUGGCUAUCACCAGCUUAGUAAGCUCAGGACUUGCCAUGGCUUCCCACCCUUGUGCCUGGAGAAGGACAGAAUGUUGAAGUACUUCGUGGCCUCAGGGGAGUCUCACAAAGACUGUCAUCAGGUUCUUUUGUCACCUCCAGCCUGUCUUGCCCCCUCUGUAUUUCCUUCUCAGAUGUGUUUCAGCACAGGAGGAGGUCUGCAGCUUGAGAAUCUCUGGGUUUGUGCCCUGUGGAACCACCUUGCAGGGACCCCAGUCCCACCCUGAGGUGAUGUCAUCCUGAUAAUAAAGCUCAGAUCUAUGACCUCAA